AUGUCUAUUAUCAAAAAACCCGAUUUAACUGACCCAAAACUACGAGCAAAACUAGCGAAAGGUAUGGGACACCAUUACUACGGUGAACCUGCAUGGCCUAAUGAUAUAUUUUACAUGUUUCCAGUAGUGAUUUUAGCAACUAUCGCAUGUGAUGUAGGAUUAUCUAUACUAGAACCUUCUGUUCUUGGCGAAAAAGCAAAUCCGUUUGCUACACCACUAGAAAUAUUGCCUGAGUGGUAUUUUUUUCCUACUUUUAAUUUACUAAGGGUUAUUCCAAAUAAAUUAAUAGGUGUCUUAUCUAUGGCAUCUGUACCAUUUGGAUUAAUUACUAUACCAUUUGUUGAAAGUAUUAAUAAAUUUCAAAACCCUUUCCGAAGACCUAUUGCAACUAGUGUAUUUUUAAUAGGUACAUUUGUUAGUAUAUGGCUAGGUAUUGGAGCAACCAUGCCUUUAUCUAAAGCACUUACAUUAGGCGUAUUUUAA